ACAUCACUUACGGCCUGCUAACAGUUUGGGAAAACCAAAAGUUAUUAUUAUGUUUACAAUAAUUUAAAAAUUUAUUUAAAUGGCUUAGUUAAAUAUGCACUAGUUUGAUUCGGACACGCAUAGCAGCUGGAAAUACAUGGAAAGAAAGUUUCGAGACGAACAGGACAAGUUUUUGACACCACCAUGAUUGAGGCGCCGCCUGUUGAACUGGGCCAUGCCCAGCAGCACAAUCACACCAACCACCACCACUUUGAUGACAAUCUAAAACUGGCGCACGAGGUGACCGAGAAUGGCAAUGGCAAAGAUGCCAGCUAUAUCUCCGACACCCACACGGACACCCAAACCUCCUGCAUACCCGCCGAAUUGCAAACAACGUAUCGAAGCCUUUAUGCCGCUUGCCUCGAACAUGCCGCCUACUUUGCCAAGGAUCCGACAGAAUUUGGUCAACGUUUGCAUGCCGCACAUGUUGCAUGGCAAGACUUUAUUGUCCUAGCCAAUCGAUUGGUACUGCAAAUUGAGGAAUUUGCCCAUGAGUAUGAUUUUGACGCAGAUACGCCAGGGAAUGGCUAUCGGAGUUUCAUCUAUGUCACCAAUGCCUGCAUUUCGCAUGGCAGUGGAAUAUGCAAACAACUUUUGGCCACACGAAGCACUCUCUUCUUUCGAAAGAAGUUCUAUGUCAAAGAGGUGGAGGCUUGCUCCCAGCUGCUGUCUUCAUUGUGCACUUGCCUGCAAUAUUUAUUGAUAUUGCGUCAGUGGUCGGCUAAUACGGGUGACCUGUUCGCCUGUGGCCAUCAUACGGCCGAGCAGCUAUUCGAAUUGGGUGACACCAUCAAUCAGUAUUGUUUCUAUGGACGUUGUUUGGGUUUCCAAUAUGGGGAUUCGAUACGUGGCGUUCUACGCUUUCUGGGCAUCAGCAUGGCCAGCUAUUCAGAGUCCUAUUACUCGCAAGCGGACGAUGGCAACAUAGUGAAGACGACAAGGAGUCUUUGGACAAGUGGAAAGUAUCUUAUGAAUCCCGAGUUGCGUGCCCGUCGCAUUGUAAAUAUUUCGCAAAAUGCAAAAAUUGAUUUUUGUAAAUCAUUUUGGUUUCUGGCCGAAUCCGAGUUAAUGCACAAAUUGCCCAGCAUUGUGGGCUCGUCGAUUAAAGUGAAUCGUUUAAUUGAAUUGCCAGCCGAACCAUUGCAACUACCACAACGAAUGGAUAAAGACGUUUUUAUUGAUAUUCCCGUACCCAGUGCCCAUUUGGGUCCGGGACUUCCCGUUUCGGUUCGUUUACUUAGCGCCAAGCGACGCGCCGGCAUGCUCGGCGAGGGUCGCUAUAGAGGUUGGCAUAAACCACUUGCUGCCAGCCGUUCCAUACUCUUUCAUUGUCAUGGUGGCGGAUUUGUGGCCCAAUCUUCCAAAUCUCAUGAGCUCUAUCUGCGCGACUGGGCUGUGGCUCUGGACUGUCCCAUUUUGUCGGUCGAUUAUAGCCUGGCACCGGAGGCACCAUUUCCCAGAGCCCUGGAAGAGGUCUUCUAUGCCUAUUGCUGGAUGUUGAAGAAUACUUCUAUCCUGGGCACCACGGCGGAAAGGAUUGUGUGUGCCGGUGAUUCGGCUGGUGCUAAUCUAUCGAUUGGCUUGGCACUGAAAUGCAUUGAGCAGGGAAUACGUAUCCCAGAUGGUCUAUUUCUGGCCUAUUGCCCCACACUUGUUAGCUUUGUGCCAAGUCCGGCUCGCCUGCUUUGCCUGAUGGAUCCACUUUUGCCAUUCGGUUUCAUGAUGCGUUGCCUGCGGGCCUAUGCGGCUCCGGCUCAAGAACAAUUGCAAGAGAAUGCCAAGCAUGUGGAGGAGCUCGCUCUAAUACGCAAUGCCCAGAAGGCAAUAACAAAUAGUAUUGGCAGUGCCAAUUCCAGCCGACGAACUUCAAUUAGAAGUCCACUGGAAAUCACUCCAGGCGCAGAUAAAGAUGGAGAAGAGGUGGAAGAAGAUGAAAGCAGUGAUACAUUUGCCAGUGCGUCUGCCUCGUAUCACAGUCAAACGGUGGAGCGGACAGAUUUACCUAACACCGAUGGCGACAAUAGCUCCUGUGUCUCCUUUGAGGAUGACUCACAGCCCAUUGUUCACUAUCCCAUAGAGAUAACUGCCGAUAUUCCCAAGGAGCCGGCAUCAGCGGCCUAUAUUGAUAGUUUUCUUGACAAAUAUCUCAUUGACACGGCCACCAAAGAAGCCACGGAGAAGGAGGAAGAAGAGGAGCAGACUUUACCACAACAACAACCAGAAUUGGCCAAUGGCUAUGUCAAGACUAAUUGCUCCGAUGAAAACAUUUUGAUCGAGACGGGACGUGACCUUAUUGCCUUAGACACACUGCAGGGACGUUGGCAGGAAGCAGUCAAUAAUAUAACAAAUACACUGAAUCGCUACACACAAUCCUAUGAGAUCCAUGGCGGACAUUCCGCACAGCAGGAUGUACGCAAUAUGGAUGCCCUCAUAGCACGUAGUCCCAGUGAGGAAUUUGCCUUUGAUGUGCCUAAAGAUCCAUUCCUAUCGCCCUAUUGGGCCAGUGACGAGUGGCUUUCCCAGCUACCAGAGACUAAAAUACUUACCCUCAAUAUGGAUCCCUGCCUUGAUGACUGUGUAAUGUUUGCCAAGAAACUGAAACGUUUGGAGCGUCAAGUUAGCUUGGAAAUACUAGAAGGAUUGCCCCAUGGUUUUCUCAAUUUUACAAUGCUCUCUAAUGAAGCUAUGGAAGGAUCCAAACAUUGCAUCAGAUCAUUGCAGUCGCUGCUCCAAAUGAAGAAUAAAUAAGAGACCAUAGGCAACGAAUGUGAGUUUACUUCGAAUCCCAGUGCAUGAUGGCUGUUCCUCGACGAUUUAGGAUUAAUAAAAAGUGGUUACCACUUGAACUUAAACCUCUCAAAAAACAUUAAAUAAAAAAAUUAAAGUGGAGAGGUUUCAUUGUUGAUAUAAAUUUAUAUAAAGUUUGUUAUAUGCAGGACAACAAUUUGUUGUUACCGGUGAUGAGCACAUUUCUUGCUUUAUUAUAUAUAUAUAUAUAAUUUAUAUUUUGCAAUCUCACGCGUUUUUUAUACACAGCCAUUUUGGUUUUGUUUUUUUACAUAUACUUAUAGAAUAAGAAUUAUGUAUGCAAAAUGCAUAGGCUAAAGCUUUUAUUUGUAAGACAGGCCAAUAAUUGAAAACGAAAAAGUAUUCGAAUCGUGUGACAACACAUUCAAUUUGAUAUUAUAUUCGAAAUCCCCAGGCACAAUGUUCCCUAUAUCCCUUCCACGUACACCAAAAGCUGUUUAAUGCAAACUCGAUUUUGUGCCUGCCAUUUAUGUAAUAAAUAAUAUUUAUAUUGAUUAUUACAAACAAAAUAUAACCAUUUGUAUUUGUAAUAAGCCUAUGUUCUAUAUUCUCGAAUAGUCUGUCCACAUUUUCGACAACUAUGGAGGCUAAAACAAACAAAAACAAUAUUCUGGGAAUAUUAUUUCUGUUUUGUUUUCAACUCUGUGCUAUAUACACGAUCAUAUUUAUACUAUAUAAUAUAUAUAUUCCUAAGUGCAUUUUGGUGUUUUUUAUAAUAUGAUUUAUUGCUUCUACUAUAUAACUAUAUAUAUUGUUUUAUCUAUGCCAACUAUCUUAACCAAAUAUACCCAAUAUCCUGUGUUAA